AUGGUGACACUACAUGUGACCACCCGCGACCGGACAUCCUUCCGGGUGGCCUGGACACAACCGCCUGAGCCUGUGGAUGGCUACCAGGUGGCCCUCGUUCCCAUGGACGAGGCAGAGGCGGUGACCAUGUACCAGCUGCCCGGCUCUGCCGUCACCUUUGAGGCGACGGGGCUGGUGCCCGGCGGCACCUACGAGGUCUCGGUGCAGGCGCAGCGGGAGCAGCACCCCGGGGCGCCCAGCACCCUGCGCGUCCGCACCUUGCCCGCCCAGCCCCUGCACGCCCGCAGGGUGCCCCCAGGGUCCCCUCGGGGUCCCCCGGGGCCUCCUGUGUCUCCAGCAUCACCGGUAUUCCCGGAGUCACCAGCAUCCCCGGGGUUGCCAGCCUCCCCAAGGUCACCGGCGUCCCCCAUGUCACCAGGAUCCCCAGGAUCCUCAGGGUCACCAGCAUCCCCAGGGUCUCCAGCAUCCCCAAGGUCCCCAGUGUCACCAGCAUCCCCAAAGUCACCAGCAUCUCCACGGUCCCCUGCAUCUCCGGGGUCUCCAGUAUCAUCCCCAGUGUCCCCAGAGUCCCCGAGGUCCCCAGUGUCACCAGCAUCCACAGCGUCCCCAGUGUCACCAGAUUCCCUGGGGUCAUCAGCAUCUCCACAGUCUCCUGCAUCCCCACGGUCCCCGGCAUCCCCACAGUCCCCGCGGUCCCCGGGGGGCCUGUCCCUGCAGACGGUGGUGCACAACCUAGGAGCCAAGCUCUCGCCCUACAAUGGCACCUUGCAGCAGCGGCUGGAGAGCUACCUCCGGGCCUCGGAAAAAAAACCCGCCACCCAGCCGGUGCCGGCGGUGGCCCGGGCCAUCCUCUCCUACCUGCUGCACAGGAGCCCAGCUGAGCUGCGUGAUCAGGUCUUCCACCGCCUUCGCCAGGGUCCCCCGGGCCCCCCGUCCCAUGUCAAGCCUCGGGUGAUGCCAGGGACUGCCAGUGAAGCCCUGGUGGUCCUGGAUGGGCUUCGGGGCCAUGUAGACACUGUGGUGAUCCGCUACCAGCUCCUGGGAGGGCCUGAGGGGGCCGGGGGGGAGCUGCGGGUGCCAGGGGAUGCAGCAGUGGCCCGGCUCCCAGGGCUGAUCCCAGGGGCCACGUAUCGCGUGGAGGUCCACGGUGUGGUGCAGGGGCAUGCCUCCAAGUCUUACUCCACCUUGGUGACCACAGGGGUGGACAGCACCGGUGACCCUCCCCCAGACCAGGGACACCGAUACGAGAUGGAGCUGACGAGAGUGGCUGAGCCUCAUGGCACAGUGGCUGAAGCAGGUAUCCCCAGGCAGUCCCCAAUCUGGUGGGAGGACCCAGGCAUCCAGGCUUGGGGCUCCCCAGCUCUUGGCAGCUGA